UGUUUGAAUAAGACUGUUAAUACAGUAGUGUCUAAUUCUUUCUAUACCUGAACUGAAAUCAUUUAUCAAUUACUCUUCUUAGUUAAAUGUUAACUUAUAAUUAAAAAGGCACUUAGGAUCAUUAACCUGUUGAUGGAAAUUGUGAGCAGUGUAAUUACAUUUAAUUACAAUCAGAACUGACAGUAUUUCAUGACAAGGGUGGAAUAUUUAUUGUAUUUAAUAAUCUAAUCUCCACAAAUCAACAACAGUGAUAACAUAAUCUCAAAUGAAUGUGAUUUGACAUUUUAUAUAAAAUACAGAAAGAUGAGCUUCAUAAAACAAAUUAAACUAUUAAUAAAAAAUGUUAACUUUAUUGUAUAUUUUCUUUUUUUAAUCGGAAACGUGAAAUGUUCUUGCAAGACAUCAGUGUACAUACAGCCAACAGUUUCCACAGAAAAACCAAAGCCCAGGAUUCCCGGGGAACUCUAUCCCAGAAUGAUCAUUAUGUACAUGGAUAGAACUAUUUGGCCUUUCUGGUUUGAACUAGAUGUUACACGCCCUAUCAAAAAUAAAAAUGGUAUUGUUCUGGAUGAUGGGUUUCAACCCCUGAAACCCUUCCAGCAGAUUCCAGGACUCCUAGACUCUUUACACAAGCAAGGAUACAAGCUGGCAUUCAUAAACCAGAGUCCUGACAAUGCGUCCAUGGAGAACCUCCUGGAAUGGUUUAACUUCAACAAAUACCUCACCCAUAAGAUGACAAUGAGUGCACCCAAGAAGGAACUGGUCAGAAUAAUAUCUCAGAAGUACAAAAUAGACUUUGGAGACAUGUUGUACCUGGACAGUGAAUAUGAUGAAAUACCGGAUAUAGCAGAACUAAAUGUUGUUUGUAUUCAAACCGGUGACAAAGGAGUUAUGAUGGAAGAUGUACAGAAAGGUCUUCAUAUUUUUAGUACACCAGCUCCUGACUAUGGUUAAAGAAGAUAAGGAAUAGCAGGCUAAUCUUGAUAUUUAAAGAUGUGUUUACUUCAUCUGAUUUUAAAAUCAUGUUUAAUGUUUUAUAAUAGUAUGUGUUCUACUGUACAUUCACAAGAAAAAAUGUUACAUUUAUUAUUCACCAUUAAACCGGGAUUGAUUUCA